GGUGCUUGCCCGCGGGGUUUCCCUUCUCCCUCUCUUUCUCUCUCAUAGAUUGCUUCCCCGCAAGGAACCGGCUGCUGCAACUUCACCAGCACAAGGCUGGGAGGCCGCUUCACACGGGAGGCAAGCUCUUGCCUGUGACUGUGUUUUCCAACAUGGCCCCCAAAAAGAAGACUGUCAAAAAGAACAAGGGAGAGAUCAAUGAGAUGACGAUAAUUGUAGAAGACAGCCCCCUAAGCAAACUGAAUGCUUUGAAUGGACUUCUUGAGGGAGGCAAUGGCCUUAGCUGCAUUUCUUCUGAGUUAACAGAUGCUUCUUAUUGCCCCAACCUCUUGGAAGGGUUAAGUAAAAUGCGGCAGGAGAGCUUCCUUUGUGACUUAGUCAUUGGCACCAAAACCAAAUCCUUUGAUGUUCACAAGUCAGUGAUGGCUUCAUGCAGUGAGUACUUUUACAACAUCCUGAAAAAAGAUCCAUCUACUCAAAGGGUAGACCUCAAUGAUAUCUCACCAUUGGGCCUGGCUACUGUCAUUGCAUAUGCCUACACAGGAAAACUGACUCUCUCCUUAUAUACAAUAGGAAGCAUUAUUUCUGCUGCUGUUUAUCUUCAGAUUCACACCCUUGUAAAGAUGUGCAGUGAUUUUCUGAUACGAGAAAUGAGCAUUGAGAACUGCAUGUAUAUUGCCAACAUUGCCGAAACAUACUCUCUAAAAAACGCCAAAGCAGCAGCCCAGAAAUUUAUCCGGGAUAACUUCCUCGAGUUCUCAGAAUCAGAUAAGUUUAUGAAACUUACAUUUGAGCAAAUUAAUGAACUUCUUAUAGAUGAUGACCUACAGUUGCCUUCUGAAAUAGUAGCAUUCCAGAUUGCAAUGAAAUGGCUAGAAUUUGACCAAAAGAGAUUGAAACAUGCUGCAGAUCUCCUAAGUAAUAUUCGCUUUGGUACCAUCUCUGCACAAGACCUGGUCAAUUAUGUUCAGUCUGUACCAAGAAUGAUGCAAGAUGCUGAUUGUCACAAACUUCUUGUAGAUGCUAUGAACUAUCAUUUACUUCCAUAUCAUCAAAACACAUUGCAAUCUAGACGCACAAGAAUUCGAGGGGCCUGUCGCGUCCUUGUCACUGUCGGAGGACGCCCUGGACUUACUGAGAAGUCCCUUAGUAGAGACGUACUGUAUAAAGAUCCUGAAAAUGGAUGGAGCAAGCUUACAGAAAUGCCAGCCAAGAGUUUUAAUCAGUGUGUGGCUGUAAUGGAUGGAUUUCUUUAUGUGGCUGGUGGAGAAGACCAGAAUGAUGCAAGAAAUCAAGCCAAGCAUGCAGUCAACAAUUUCUGCAGGUAUGACCCCCGCUUCAACACCUGGAUCCACCUGGCCAGCAUGACGCACAAGCGCACGCACUUCAGCCUGAGCGUGUUCGACGGGCUGCUGUACGCCGUGGGCGGCCGCAACGCCGAGGGCAGCCUGGCAUCGGUGGAGUGCUACGUGCCCUCGGCCAACCAGUGGCUGCCCAAGGCGGGCCUGGAGGCGGCGCGCUGCUGCCACGCGAGCGCCGUGGCCGACGGGCGCGUGCUGGUGACGGGCGGCUACCUCGGCGGCGCCUACUCGCGCUCCGUGUGCGCCUACGAGCCGGCCAGCGACUCGUGGCAGGAGCUCCCGGGCCUGCACGCGGCGCGGGGCUGGCACUGCGCGCUGGCGCUGGCCGGCCGCGUGUACGUGAUGGGCGGCAGCCAGCUGGGCCCGCGCGGGGAGCGCGUGGACGUGCUGCCCGUGGAGUGCUACAGCCCCGCCAGCCGCCAGUGGAGCCACGCGGCGCCGCUGCCCGUGGGCGUGAGCACGGCGGGCGCCUCGGCGCUGCUCGGCCGCGCCUACCUGCUCGGCGGCUGGAACGAGGGCGAGAAGAAGUACAAGAAGUGCGUGCAGUGCUUCCACCCCGAGCUCAACGAGUGGACCGAGGACGACGAGCUGCCCGAGGCCACCGUGGGUGUGUCCUGCGCCACGCUCGCCAUGCCGGGCCACGUGGCCCGGGAAUCGCGCGCCAGCUCCGUGUCCUCGGUGCCGGUCAGCAUCUGAGGCCAGGUUAGACGCGGGCACCCGCGGGGAGCACCCACGGGGGCUCCGGGCUUAAGGUAGCGGGCAGGAAAGUAGAGCGCAUUUGCUGCAAUGGUUGCAUCUUCCAGUUUUUCGAGGCACACGUCGUGGGAUGCUGUGAUCUACCUCUGUCGAGUUUUAUUUAUUUAUUUAUUAUUAUUAUUAUUUUUUUUUCUCUUAAGCAAAGUUCGGGGUCUUUGCCAACGAAUGGGGAAAGUGUCUGCAGCGGCCACAGGGUGGCAGGCCGAAUGCGUUGUCAGAGUUCUUCCUUUCUGGCCCGUUUCCCAAAUAGACAGCACUCACCUCCCGCGCAGGAGAGUUUUCUUUAGUCUACAGGAAGUCCAUGAGAGAACAGAGUCCACGGGACAAGAGUCUAUUUUUUCUUUUUCUUUCUUUAGAAGUUUGAAAGAAUGACUUGAAGGUUGAAUUUGAAAACGGAAGUGUGCCUAUAUCCAUAAGGACUUAAAACAAUUCAGUACUUGAGUGCAGUUUUCUUUUCCUAGACGUGGUUGAGUAAGGAUUUUGAAAGGCAGCCCGAGACAGAGGCCCUAAAGCGCAGAACCAAGUUCGGCUGCAAAAUAACAGGAAUUUCACCUAGGGAUUGUCAACUUGCUACCUCUGGUUUAGCUUAAGUCCCCUCUUUCUCCUCGCAGUAGCCUAAAGUACUCUCGGUCAUAGAAUCCUGCUCACAAAGAAGGAACUGGUAUUUGCUGAUGAGAUUAAAACAUUUUUCUUUUGUUUCUCUUAAAAAGUAUUUCCACUUUAACCCUUCAAGUGACUGUCAAAGUAAUUGCAAGUGUUAUGAGGGCCUGAUCCUCUUUCUAUUACACAAAGACGGUUAAAGAUACUUUUGACUCUGAUGGAAGGAAAAAUUCCAAACGAAAUCAGUCCUUAAAGAGCAUUUGCUUGAUAGCUUAUAUAACUUAAAGGUUAUGCACCCUCUAGUAGUUGAUUAAUUUCUCCCUUUAUUUUUUGUGAUUAAAAAUGAAGGAAACAGAUUUUGAAUUGCUGAAUUUGACAAUAGCAGGUUUCAUGGAGCAGCCGUUGGCAAAUAUAAUGUUUUCUAUUUUAUAUCAACUCUAAUUUGUUAACUGAGAAAUAAUUAACAUAUAUUAGCUUCAAUUGUACAAAAAAGAUACGACAUUUGUAUACUUUAUGAACUGGUCAUCAUAGUAAAUCCAUUAACUAAUCAAUACAUAGUAACAAAAUGUUUUCUUAUUAAAACUUGGAAGAGCAUUUUAACAAUUUUCAAAAAUGCAGUAAGUCUUGUUAACGCCAUGCUAUUGUAGUUUCUAUGGUAUAAAUUAUAUUCUGAUUUUUUUAAAAUACCAUUCACUUCACAUAAAAAUAUAAAAUGGCAUAUGACCAUUCUUAAGCUUUUAAAUCUUACCUCUUCCAGAUUAGCUUUCCUAAUUAAAGUAUAUUCAUUCAGCAUCAUUUUCCAUGUCCGCCAAGUUGCAAAAAAAAGGGAAUGAUUGUAGUAAAUGAUAUGUAUUUUCCUUUCUUAUAAUUUAUAAUUUUAUUCUUUGAUAGUUUGUUUUGAAGAGAAAGUGAUUUCUCUAUUAUG